AUGGACGACGGUAUGCCAAUUUUUAGAGCAGAAUCAUUGUGCAACAGGCAUCAGGAUUUAGAUAUUUAAACUUUGUAUAGAUAACGAUAAUUCAUCAUCCUCGUCAGGCUCGAGUGUUGAUGAAAGUCCAACUUUGACAGGAGUUAAGCCAGAUUUGAAAGGGGCGUAUCUGAAACCUUAUUCACAAGCAGGUUCUAAUAACAGUGGAGGGAAAUUCUUGACUCUAUCAGGCCCCAAGGGUAUGAAUAUCACCCCUCAAAAGGCUCAGCUUAGUGUUUCACAUCAAAGUAGCAUCUCUGGGCAGAAUUUGAAUAAAGUGUUUAAUAAAAUCAACACAAACCCUCUUCCUUCCCUACAGAUUCCUCGUGAACAAAUGAGUAAAAGCACACCAGGUCUAGAUGCUAGGGAAGAGUCGAAGGAAGAAUUCAAAACAGAGCCAGAAGCUCUACUCCCUGAUCGUGUGAAUUAUAUCAGAAAAAGAGACUGGAAAUCAGCUAAAAAGUACCAAAUGGAAGCCACUGUUCAAAUGCAUAGCGACUUUUAUGAGAAUCAGAGAGAAGAAUUCCAUGCUCUCAGGCAGACGAGUAAUGUCCUGUUCCUUAGGAAAUUCAAUAAUUGGGUAAAAAGUGUACUGAUCAAUCAGACAUGCUACACCAAGGGAAGAUACCUCAGCGUGUUGGAUAUCUGCUGAGGAAAAGGAGGAGAUCUUCAGAAAUGGAUCAAAAAUAGAGUCUUCCAUUACGUUGGAGUAGACCUUUCUGAUAACUCUGUGAGGAACGCAUCUGAGAGAUUUAAGAAAAUGAAAAAUAGAGGUGGCAAACUUCCUUUCCAUGGGAUAUUCGUUGUCAAUAAUGUCGGAGAUCAGAAAAAUUCCUUCCUAAAUUAUCUCGACAAGAAGAUCCUGUUUGAUGUGGCAAGUUGCCAAAUGAGUAUGCAUUAUCUUUGAGAAUCUGAGACGACCGCUAGGACCUUCCUUAGUAAUGUUUCUUCAAGACUUGUUCCUGGUGGGCUCUUCUGUGGCACAACUCUCGAUGCAGAUGUUCUUGUAAGGAGACUGAGAACUGUAGGCCUUAGCAAGGAUAACAAGGAUAAAUAUACAUUUGGGAACCAAUUCUAUAGUGCAAAAUUCAUGCACAGAGACUUCCCACAGAAGAAAGCUUUUGGGAUAAAAUACCUGUUUUAUUUGGAAGAUGGAGUUGGCCACAAAAGAGCAGAUGGCACUAUCGAAUACGUUCCUGAAUACUUAGUUAUCUUCAAAAAGUUUGUCGAGCUAGCGAAGGAAUAUGACUUGAAGCUUAUUAAAAGAGAGAACUUUCAUAAAUUUUAUGAGCAGAACAUUGAAAUCCAAAGGAAUAAGGAUCUAUUUGACAGAAUCGUCAAGCCUCAUGAGUUUGCAAGUAGUAUUAAGCAGGAACAGCUUGAUGCACAGUGGGAAAUUUGCCAUUUGUACCAAACAUUCACGUUUAAGAAAAUGUCCUCAGGGAUUGUGAAAGGAAGGAUUCAGGGAACACAAGGACGUUGUGGAAGAGAUAGAGAAGAUAGAUUCAUGUUUAUUGAUACAAAUAAAUAA